AUGAACACCCAGGGUCUCGCAGUCCCCGUGCAGGAGGAGGGAUGCAGAACGAGGUGUCUGCCUUUCCGCCUCUCCAUGCCACCCUUGGAACAGGGUCUGGAGCUCUCCUCCUUGGGGGACCCUGUCCAAGAGACCAUCUGGGAGCCUCCAGAAAAGCGUCUAAGCUCAGGGGCCAAGGCGCCUGACUGGCUGGCAACAGUCCCCCUUGGGGGCCUGGUAUCCCCACCUCACCUGCCCCAGCUCUCGGAAGCUGGCUCCCCCUCACCACUGUGGUCCAUGAUGCAAGACCCCGAGGUCACUCUCAGCCCUGGGAGAGGCCAGCGGGGGGAGGACCGAGGCGGCACCCAGACGCAGGACAUGCUGGUCCCUGGCGAGACAGGCAGGAGUGUCCGUCGGGUGCUCUUCGGGGCAGGGGCUGCCUCUCUGAAUUCCCCUGGAAAAGAGGCCCCCCCCAGGUCUGCUCAGGAAGCUGAGCGUAGCAGGUCCUACGAGAUCCAGGCCGCCCUUCUACUCCGCGGGGCUCCUCUGGUGAGAGCCCAGGAGCUGUUGCCUGACCCGCAAGAGGAUAAGCGAGACCAGGGAGGCAGAGAGAUGAAUGGACCUCGGGCCUUGGGUCAGGAAGUCCAGCAGGAGCGGGUGGAGUAUCUCUUUCUCAUCAUUUUUACUGUGGAAGCAUUUUUAAAAGUCAUAGCCUACGGACUCCUCUUUCACCCCAACGCUUACCUCCGCAACGGCUGGAACUUACUAGACUUUAUCAUCGUGGUUGUCGGGCUUUUCAGCGCAAUCUUAGAGCAAGCGACCAAAGCCGAUGGGGCCAACGCCCUGGGAGGGAAGGGUGCUGGAUUCGACGUGAAGGCGCUGAGGGCGUUCCGUGUGCUGCGGCCCCUGAGAUUGGUGUCCGGGGUCCCGAGUCUCCAGGUGGUCCUGAACUCCAUCAUCAAGGCCAUGGUGCCCCUGCUGCACAUCGCCCUGCUCGUGCUCUUUGUCAUCAUCAUCUACGCCAUCAUCGGCCUGGAGCUCUUCAUGGGCAAGAUGCACAAGACCUGCUACAACCAGGAGGGCAUUGCAGAUGUCCCAGCAGAAGACGACCCCUCGCCCUGUGCCCUGGAGACGGGCCAUGGGCGGCAGUGCCAGAACGGCACGGUGUGCAAGCCAGGCUGGGAUGGACCCAAACACGGCAUCACCAACUUCGACAACUUCGCCUUCGCCAUGCUGACUGUGUUCCAGUGUAUCACCAUGGAGGGCUGGACCGAUGUCCUCUACUGGAUGCAGGACGCUAUGGGCUACGAGUUACCCUGGGUGUAUUUUGUCAGUCUGGUCAUCUUCGGCUCCUUCUUCGUUCUAAAUCUGGUUCUUGGUGUGUUGAGCGGAGAGUUCUCCAAAGAGCGAGAGAAGGCCAAGGCCCGGGGCGACUUCCAGAAGCUGCGAGAGAAGCAGCAGCUGGAGGAAGACCUGAAGGGCUACCUGGACUGGAUCACGCAGGCCGAGGACAUCGACCCCGAGAAUGAGGACGAGGGCCUGGACGAGGAGAAGCCCCGAAACAUGAGCAUGCCCACCAGUGAGACCGAGUCCGUCAACACCGAGAACGUGGCUGGAGGGGAUGUCGAGGGAGAGAGCUGCGGGGCCAGGCUGGCCCACCGGAUCUCCAAGUCGAAGUUCAGCCGCUACUGGCGCAGGUGGAAUCGGUUCUGCAGAAGGAAGUGCCGCGCAGCCGUGAAGUCCAGCAUCUUCUACUGGCUGGUCAUCUUCCUGGUUUUCCUCAACACUCUCACCAUCGCCUCCGAGCACUACAACCAGCCCCACUGGCUCACGGAAGUCCAAGACACGGCCAACAAGGCGCUGCUGGCCCUGUUCACGGCGGAGAUGCUGCUGAAGAUGUACAGCCUUGGCCUGCAGGCCUACUUCGUGUCGCUCUUCAACCGCUUCGACUGUUUCAUUGUGUGUGGCGGCAUCCUGGAGACCAUCCUGGUGGAGACCAAGAUCAUGUCACCCCUGGGCAUCUCCGUGCUGCGCUGCGUGCGCCUCCUGCGGAUAUUUAAGAUCACAAGAUACUGGAACUCCCUGAGCAACCUGGUGGCGUCCCUGCUGAACUCAGUUCGCUCCAUCGCCUCGCUGCUGCUGCUGCUCUUCCUCUUCAUCAUCAUCUUCUCCCUCCUGGGGAUGCAGCUCUUCGGGGGGAAGUUCAACUUUGAUGAGAUGCAGACCCGGAGGAGCACCUUUGACAACUUCCCGCAGUCCCUCCUCACCGUGUUUCAGAUCCUGACCGGGGAGGACUGGAAUUCGGUGAUGUAUGAUGGGAUCAUGGCUUAUGGCGGCCCCUCUUUUCCAGGGAUGUUAGUCUGUAUUUACUUCAUCAUCCUCUUCAUCUGUGGAAAUUAUAUCCUACUGAACGUGUUCUUGGCCAUUGCUGUGGACAACCUGGCUGACGCCGAGAGCCUCACGUCUGCCCAGAAGGAGGAGGAAGAGGAGAAGGAGAGGAAGAAGCUGGCCAGGACCGCCAGCCCAGAGAAGAAGCAAGAGGUGGUAGAGAAGCCGGCCGUGGAGGAGACCAAGGAGGAGAAAAUCGAGCUGAAAUCCAUCACAGCAGAUGGAGAGUCCCCACCCCCCACCAAGAUCAACAUGGAUGACCUCCAGCCCAACGAGAAUGAGGACAAGAGUUCCUACCCCAACCAGGAAACCACAGGAGAAGAAGAUGAGGAGGAGCCCGAGAUGCCUGUGGGCCCCCGCCCGCGCCCCCUCUCUGAGCUGCACCUGAAGGAGAAGGCGGUGCCCAUGCCGGAAGCCAGCGCCUUCUUCAUCUUCAGCCCCAGCAACAGGUUCCGCCUCCAGUGCCAUCGUAUCGUCAAUGACUCCAUCUUCACCAACCUGAUCCUCUUCUUCAUCCUGCUCAGCAGCGCCGCCCUGGCCGCCGAGGACCCCGUGCAGCACACCUCCUUCAGGAACCACAUCCUAGGCAACGCAGACUAUGUCUUCACUAGUAUCUUUACCUUAGAAAUUAUCCUCAAGAUGACAGCCUACGGGGCCUUCCUGCACAAGGGCUCCUUUUGCCGCAACUACUUCAACAUCCUGGACCUGCUGGUGGUCAGCGUGUCCCUCAUCUCCUUCGGCAUCCAGUCCAGUGCCAUCAACGUGGUGAAGAUCCUGCGAGUCCUGAGGGUGCUCCGGCCACUGAGGGCCAUCAACAGGGCCAAGGGGCUGAAGCACGUCGUGCAGUGUGUGUUCGUGGCCAUCCGCACCAUCGGGAACAUUGUGAUCGUCACCACGCUGCUCCAGUUCAUGUUCGCCUGCAUUGGGGUCCAGCUCUUCAAGGGCAAGCUCUACACCUGUUCGGACAGUUCCAAACAGACAGAAGCUGAAUGCAAGGGGAACUACAUCACGUACAAGGAUGGGGAGGUGGACCACCCCAUCAUUCAGCCCCGCAGCUGGGAGAACAGCAAGUUCGACUUCGACAAUGUCCUGGCCGCCAUGAUGGCCCUGUUCACCGUCUCCACCUUCGAGGGAUGGCCAGAGUUGCUGUACCGGUCCAUCGACUCUCACACAGAGGACAAGGGUCCCAUAUACAACUACCGCGUGGAGAUCUCCGUCUUCUUCAUCAUCUACAUCAUCAUCAUUGCCUUCUUCAUGAUGAACAUCUUCGUGGGUUUCGUCAUUGUCACCUUCCAGGAGCAGGGGGAGCAAGAGUACAAGAACUGCGAGCUGGACAAGAACCAGCGGCAGUGUGUGGAGUACGCCCUCAAGGCCCGGCCCCUGCGGAGGUACAUUCCAAAAAACCAGCACCAGUACAAGGUGUGGUACGUGGUCAACUCCACCUACUUCGAGUACCUGAUGUUCGUCCUCAUUCUGCUCAACACCAUCUGCCUGGCCAUGCAGCACUACGGUCAGAGCUGUCUGUUCAAAAUCGCCAUGAACAUUCUCAACAUGCUCUUCACUGGCCUUUUCACGGUGGAGAUGGUCCUGAAGCUCAUCGCCUUCAAGCCCAAGGGCUACUUUAGUGACCCCUGGAAUGUCUUUGACUUCCUGAUCGUAAUUGGCAGCGUAAUUGACGUCAUUCUCAGUGAGACGAAUCACUAUUUCUGUGAUGCAUGGAACACAUUUGACGCCUUGAUUGUUGUGGGUAGCAUUGUUGAUAUAGCCAUCACCGAGGUAAACCCAGCUGAACAUACCCAAUGCUCUCCCUUUAUGAACGCGGAGGAGAACUCUCGCAUCUCCAUCACCUUCUUCCGCCUCUUCCGGGUCAUGCGUCUGGUCAAGCUGCUGAGCCGUGGGGAGGGCAUCCGGACACUGCUGUGGACCUUCAUCAAGUCCUUCCAGGCCCUACCCUAUGUGGCCCUCCUGAUCGUGAUGCUGUUUUUCAUCUACGCCGUGAUCGGGAUGCAGGUGUUUGGGAAAAUCGCCCUGAAUGACACGACAGAGAUCAACAGGAACAACAACUUCCAGACCUUCCCCCAGGCUGUGCUGCUCCUCUUCAGGUGCGCCACCGGGGAGGCCUGGCAGGACAUCAUGCUGGCCUGCAUGCCGGGCAAGAAGUGCGCCCCUGAGUCAGAGCCGGGCAACAGCACGGAGGGGGAGACGCCCUGUGGCAGCAGCUUUGCCGUGUUCUACUUCAUCAGCUUCUACAUGCUCUGCGCCUUCCUGAUUAUCAACCUCUUCGUAGCCGUCAUCAUGGACAACUUUGACUACCUGACGAGGGACUGGUCCAUCCUGGGUCCCCACCACCUGGACGAGUUUAAAAGAAUCUGGGCAGAGUAUGACCCCGAAGCCAAGGGACGCAUCAAACACCUGGAUGUGGUGACCCUGCUCCGACGGAUUCAGCCCCCCCUGGGUUUUGGGAAGCUGUGCCCUCACCGCGUGGCUUGCAAACGCCUAGUCUCCAUGAACAUGCCCCUGAACAGCGACGGAACCGUCAUGUUCAAUGCCACGCUGUUUGCCCUGGUCCGGACGGCCCUGAGGAUCAAGACGGAAGGGAACCUGGAACAGGCCAAUGAGGAGCUGCGGGCCAUCAUCAAGAAGAUCUGGAAACGGACCAGCAUGAAGCUGCUGGACCAAGUGGUGCCCCCCGCAGGAGAUGACGAGGUCACGGUGGGCAAGUUUUACGCUACUUUCCUGAUCCAAGAGUAUUUCCGGAAGUUCAAGAAGCGCAAAGAGCAAGGCCUGGUGGGCAAGCCCUCCCAGAGGAACGCCCUGUCCCUGCAGGCUGGCCUGCGCACCCUGCACGACCUGGGGCCCGAGAUCCGCCGGGCCAUCUCUGGGGACCUGACCGCCGAGGAGGAGCUGGACAAGGCCAUGAAGGAGGCGGUGUCUGCGGCCUCAGAAGAUGACAUCUUCAGGAGGGCCGGCGGCCUGUUCGGCAACCACGUGGGCUACUACCCCAGCGAUGGCCGGGGCGCCUUCCCCCAGACCUUCACCACCCAGCGGCCCCUGCACAUCAGCAAGGCAGGCAACAGCCAGGGGGACACCGAGUCCCCCUCCCACGAGAAGCUGGUGGAUUCCACCUUCACCCCCAGCAGCUACUCGUCCGCGGGCUCCAACGCCAACAUCAACAACGCCAACAACACCGCCCUGGGCCGCCGCCCCCGCCCCGCUGUCCACUCCGGUGCUGUCGGCACCUUGGAGACCUGCGGGCCCCCCUUGUCCCCUGCCAUCCGGGUGCAGGAGGCCACGUGGAGGCACAGCUCCCAGAGGUGUCCCUCCCGGGACAGCCCGAUAGCCAUGCUGUGUCAGGAAGAGGUCCCUGGAGACGAGACCUGUGCCGUGCACCUGGAUGAGGACGCAGAGCACAGCCGCGAGCCCAGCCUGGUCUCCACGGAGAUGCUCUCCUACGAGGAUGACGAGAAUCGGCAGCUGACUCCCCCUGAAGAGGACAGGAGGGACGUCCGUCUGUCCCCAAAGAGGGGCUUCCUGCGCUCCGCCUCCCUAGGUCGAAGGGCCUCCUUCCACCUUGAAUGUCUGAAGCGACAGAAGAAUCCCGGGGGAGACGUCUCUCAGAAGACAGUCCUGCCUUUGCACCUGGUUCACCAUCAGGCGCUGGCAGUGGCGGGCCUGAGCCCCCUCCUGCAGAGAAGCCAUCCCCCCGGGACCCUCCCCCCACCACGCCUCACGCCCCCUGCCACACCUGGCCCGGCCUGGCCUCCACGGCCCGUGCCUACCCUGCGGCUGGAGGGGGCCGAGUCCAGCGACAAGCUCACCAGCAGCUUCCCAUCCAUCCACUGCGACCCCCACGUCGGGGAGCCCACAUCCUGCGGGGUCAGCGGCACCCCCCGGAGGGCCCGGCCCGUGUCACUCACUGUGCCCAGCCCGGCAGGGCCCCAGGGCCGGCCGUUCCACGGCAGUGCCAGCAGCCUGGUGGAGGCGGUCUUGAUCUCGGAAGGAUUGGGGCAGUUUGCUCAGGACCCCAGGUUCCUCGAGGCCACCACGCAGGAGCUGGCCGACGCCUGCGACAUGACCAUCGAGGAGAUGGAGAGCGCGGCCGACGACAUCCUCAGCGGGGGUGCCGGGCAGAGCCCCAACGGCACACUGCUCCCUUGUGCAAACUGCAGGGACCCGGGGCCGGACCGAGCGGGGGGCGUGGAGGACGCAGCCUGGGCGCCCAGCGCCGAGCCCCGCCAGGGCACAGAGGAGCCCCGGGACAGCAGGGCCUUCGCCAGCGGCCUGUAG